AUGUCAAAUCCACCAGCAAUCCCCAUCAUUAAGAGCAAUUCACCACCACCAGCUUAUAGCGAGAUCCCGCCCUCCUCCAGCGGAUCCACCUCCUUCCCUGCACCAGCGCCUCUUUUCGCCCAUCCUGGUCCAUCACAACAUUUUGGGCCCACACCUUUGAAUCCCACCCAGAUGCUUCUGCCUUAUGCAUAUUACGGUGACCCUGCAGCUGCGGAUCGACGUGCACGUUGGCGUUUUGCUGCGACAUUGCUAUGGGCUCUUGCUGCUUGGCUCGUGCUGGCCUUAUUCGCUGGUGUGGAGUUGGUUUCUUCCAAGUCCCAGGAUAAUUCUGUUGUAUUCACGGUUUCGACUAUGAAGCCCGUGACAGUCUCGCUUAUCGUUCAUCUGUAUCUUAAGAAGGAUCCGAGCACCACCAUGAAUGCCCCUGGAUAUCAUUUAUCCAUAAAUGGUUUUCAACCCGUGUUCAGUCACAUCGAGGCGCCCACCGCCUACACUUUUAAAUUUGUUGGCUUGAACGAGUGGCUAAGGAAUAAUGGAAAGGAGGGGACAAAGGAUACGCUGGACAAAGAAAGAUGUGACACUCCAAACUCGGGACCGUCCGACUUCCUUCAUCACAUACCUCUCGAUCGCACUUCCCCGACACAAGCCCUAACCCCCUUCCUCGUCGUCCACCACAGUGGCGAAGCGCACCUUCAUAUCAUACUCGCAUCGACUUACCGCUCAUCUCCUCGCCCCCCCACAUUUUUUUUUACCUCUUCAUUAAUCACGUCUCGUCCCACGCGUCGCCCUAGACCCACGUCCACUGCGCUUGCUGCGAUUCACGCUCGAGCCACGCUUUACUUCUCCACACCGACGCUCAAGACCCCCCUUUACUGUUUCAACACCCCCGACACCACCCAUCUCAUUUACUCCGUCGACGCACAGGCAGACGCAGAGCCCAUUCAUCCCACCUCUGAUUCUGAUCAGCCGGCGCCAGCAUCUUACAGUUCAACUUCUGACUCAUCUUCCGGUUCUCCAUCCGUAGCAUAUCCGCUCUCUAUGCAUUCACAACACCAGCACCAGCCUCGUCCUGACUCCCCACACGAAAAUAACACACAGAAUAUGCUUCACCAUUUGCAUUCCCAGGAUUCAUUGUACAGCAUUCAAGCCUCUCAAACGGGGUUAUACAACAACUCCAAUCUGAUGCAUCACUCAUCUGAAUAUCCCAACGACUUUGACCACGCAAAAAUUCAGCAGCAACAUAAACUUAAUGGCUUUGCACCUAAUAGUAACUAUCGGGCUUCCUUCAGCUCUUUCCCAAACACAACCCGCACGCGACACCCAACCAAUCAGUCAUUCCUCAAUCAAACAUCUUUUCGCGAUCUCCAGGCUCACUUUCCUACUUCUUCGGACGCUUUUCAAAAUCAAUUGACAUCUCCUGUUCAAGCCCACAUGCAAGCCUAUGAAUCUAGGGCUAGCUACGACUUUGGAAAUGGUCAAUCGGGGCUAGUCGGUGGCCCGAAAUAUCUUGUCGAACCGUAUGGGCCUUCCUCAGCGAUGGUGCAGCCCCACCAUAACCCUAUCAAGGCUGGUUCACAACAAGCUGCGUAUGCCGCAGUCUCGCAGUACACGAACGGCGUCCAUCUCUCCUCGCAAACUCCUUAUGGUCCCCAUGUGGCUACGAGUGGUCCUACAUCGUCGAGUGCAGGAAUAGGUAUCAAUGCUGGAUCCGGGGUGUCAUCGGGAUCCGGAACCUUGAGCAUGGGAAACGGCACGAAUUCGUCGUCAAAUUUAGAGGAAAUUUCUACCAUCUUCGUGGUCGGGUUUCCUGAAGAUAUGCAGGAACGGGAGUUCCAAAAUAUGUUCACGUUCUCGCCUGGGUUCGAGGCCGCGACUCUCAAGAUUCCAAACAAAGAAUAUACUGCAUAUGGUGGCUUGGUUGGUUCUGGAACGGCCACUGCUGCGCUGCGAUCCUUCCAGGGGUAUAGUGGAUCGAAUGACCCCUAUAAUCUAGUCACAGUCAACCAAGGUGGUGUUGUUGUCGACGGUGGUAGGGACGGAACAAUGACGUCCUGGCCCGCCACUGUACCUGGGGAUGAUGGCACGGGUGCGCACUUUUUGGGAGCAGCUUCAAAUAUGCCUCCCAGGAAGCAGAUCAUUGGGUUUGCAAAAUUCAGGUCACGUGAAGAGGCCCUGGGAGCGAGAGAUGUUCUCCAAGGUAGGAGGGUGGACAUCGAGAAAGGUGCAGUGCUCAAGGCGGAGAUGGCGAAAAAAAAUCUACACACCAAGAGAGGCGUCGGUCCUGUUCCCGGGAGUGGAGCAAGCGCUGUCGGCGGGUCGACGACGACAGUAGGAAAUAACUCAUCCAACCCCACCUUGCAACACAUCAACGGCACCACCUUGUCUGGUAGUGGUGCAGACCCGUACACUUCAGGUGAUGAAGGCGCUCCUUCGAUUGGGCUUGGGCAGGGUUUGGGUCGUUUAAGUUCCUGGCGUGACCAUACGCAACCAGAUGUCAUCUCUCACUCAAAUGGCCUUUUGAAUGGCGGCGUCUCUGUUAAGGAGGAAGAAGACCGUAGAAGGGAACACAUCUACAACGCCAUGGGACUGGGACCUGGGUCUGGAACUCGUGGCCCUAGGGAACGUGCUGAAGAAGAAGAGCGCGAACGGCGAAGGCAUGAAAAUGAGAGGAAGUUGAGAAACAACAAUUUCCUCGCCUUUGAUGCUUUCCACGCUGUGCCAGCUGGCAUCUCCAGACAGAAUUCCAACCUCAACGGCGGGUCUUCCCUGCUUUAUCCGACUGUAGAGGGAGGGUCGAGUAUAGGGUCGAGCCCUCUCCUUGCCAACGCUUUUGCUGCGGCUCAAGGACCUCAGCCCCAGCCGGUUCAACCUGCUGAUGAUAUUGUUGGACCCUGGGAUCAAGUCCACAAGCCUGCGUCCACUAAUAUUGCCCCAGGCCGACCCAGCUCUUCUCAGCGCUCAUCAUCGCCGCCUUUACAUGAGCUCUCUGAUAACCGAUAUUCUCCUUUUGAUGAGGAUCAUAUUCAGCAUUACGAACAUGGUGUACAUCAAGCAAGAGAGCAUCGGGAACAACCCGAAUCCAGCGCUUCUAGCGUUGGCUCGCAUGGUGUCUUGCCUGGUAGUGAAGCACAUCGCGAAUCUGAAGCAGAUCUCACCAGGGCCAUCGGUGAUUUGGUUUUGAGCACGAACAAUGGAACAACAUCGCCACAAUUGCCUUCACCUGCGUCAGGUGCGAGCUCGGCUAGUGCGCGGAAUGCGAUUGAUCAAAAUCCACCGAUCAACACGUUGUAUGUCGGCAAUCUGCCAACCUCUCCAACCCCCAUCGGUUUUCCACAGGAUUACUUAGAAGAGAGUCUGCGUGAACUGUUUUCUUCGUGUCCGGGGUUUCGGAGGCUUUGUUUCCGACAGAAGAACAAUGGGCCGAUGUGUUUUGUUGAGUUCGAGGAUGUCCAGUAUGCUGCAAAGGCGCUAAACGACCUGUAUGGGAACACUCUCAAGGGGCUCGUUAAGGGCGGAGGCAUUCGGCUGUCAUACAGCAAAAACCCGCUUGGCGUGCGGACUCCCACCGGCGCCAGCGGUUCUAACCUGCAACAACAGCCGCAGGUACCCAAUGUGAAAAAUUCACAUCAAGGUAACACCGCACAAGCUUUUCAUCCUGAGGCAUUUCAGUCUCGGAUCGAGGAACAGUCUCAGCAGCGACCAAUCACUGCUAUGCGUCGGGAUGUCAGCACGGUGUCUUCUCCCCCAGCUACUGUUGGUUUGUCCUACAACAACACCUAUUUGACAUCUCCACCCCCACGAUUUUACUCUUCGUCGCCGGGGACAUCCAACGUCUUUGGGGGUACUUCAACCACCCUCACCAGUACCUCGAACGCCUUCGUUCCGCGUGGUGGUGGCAUGAGCUUAUACAGCUAUAACCUGGCGACCUCAAACGGACAUGCCUCAUCAACGACGUUCGCUCCUUUUGGGAUGUCAACCCCUCCCCCUUCUUUGAUACCCGAGCAGAGUUCCAGCUCUGACGAACCUGCUUUACAUUCAUCUCAGCAUUUCAUACACCAUCGCGCUUUGUCGCCCCCUGUCAGCAACAGUCUAGAGGCCGCUAGGGCCGGUUGA